CAAGUUUAUUACACCAUGCCUAUUGGACACGUCCUUCUCAAAGUCAACACAGUUGACCAUGCCGCAGUUGUCGAAUUCUAUAGCCAGGCUCUGAAGCCUCUCGGCAACGAGAAGCUUUCCACUAUGCCAAACGGCUGGGUGGUCUUUGGCAGCAAGGGUCCUGAAUGGGUUGUGGGAAUUGCCUCCACCGAGUCUGAAACCAAAGCACAUGUUGCUUUCGUCGCACCUGAUCGCGCGUCUGUGGAUGCUUUCCACGCGACUGCAGUUGCCGCUGGAGGAAAGGAUCACGGGGCUCCUGGAUUUCGGCCACAGAUUCAUCCUAAUCACUAUGGUGCCUUUGUCCUGGAUCCCCUAGGAAACAACAUCGAGGCCGGUUGCAUGACCCCUUCGGACCAGGGAGAGCUUUGA